UUGGAAGCAUCAUAUAGAACUGCAAAUGUUCCACUACGCGAGUAUAUUUGUCACAUUUACGGUUUGCGGUCUCUGCGGAGUCCUCGGAAGUACGACGUGUCCCCCAGUGCCCACCCACAAUCCUUUACAUCAAAAAGGAGAGGUCUGCCUUGUGGAACUGGCGCCAGUCCUCGAGCACAUUGCCAAGAAUAACAAGAAUCCGCUUUGGAACUCUGGUGACGAAACCAAACUCAAUGAAACCCGGAAACAACUGGUCAGGAUUGAAGGUGUGGAGGUGGAAACAAAGGACAAAGUGAAGGCGAUCCAGAAAAAAAUGGAAACCGAAUUUAAAGACCUAGAGAAGAAGAUUCCGAAGAACGAGGUCUGUUAUGAGUGCCUAGAGAAACAAGUGGAGGAAGCAAAGAAAGCCCUCUACCUUUCGAUGGAAGGGAAGAAAGUGAUUCGAAGAAAUGAAAUCCCGCCCAUAUUCAAGAAGAUUGGCUACAGUCACUUGUACAUUGAAAAGAAGGAAACCGCGGAUUGGUUUACUGCGACAAGCAAGUGCCACAAACUGGGCGGUCACCUGGCGACAAUCCAGAACGAGGUUGAAUUGAAUGCCAUCCAUAAUGAGGUCAACAUUCGGGAACGCAUCUGGCUGGGCAUCACCGACCUGGCCAAGUUUGGUGAUUGGGUUUCCUUGUCCACGGGUACAACUCCCACCUUCCUCAAGUGGGCCAAGCAUAGUCCUGAGGCCGAGACCAACCAGCGAUGCCUUUUCUUAGAGGGCGAGAUGAAGGAUGGAAGCUGCAGCCAGAAGUAUAUCUACAUCUGCGAGUACUGAACAUUUAUGUCUUAACUUAAUCGAUUGUACUAGAAUCCAAUAUCGUAUCCAAUAUAUGACAGUCCUCUCAGCUCACUGCAAAUAUUAAGCUAUUCCGUGAGUGAGUUCCGUCAGCUACGCCAU